AUGUCUUUACGAGAGACGGCUGGCCAGCCAUGUCUCCGGUCAGGAAGCUCCGGUUUAACUUGACUUAGGCUAAAUUUCAUUUCGCCACAUUUUAUUUAUUUAAUUAUUUAUCUAUUUAUUUGUUUAUUUAUUCAUCUAUUUAUUUCAAGGUGGCGCACGCUGUUAUCUGUUGACGAUUUAGUCGAAGAGGUCAUCACAACACUGGAUGCUGGAAAACUCUUGAACAAUACGUACGUUAUAUUCUCAUCGGAUAACGGCUUUCAUCUUGGUAAACGUUACUUUAUUCAUAUACUAAUAAGUAUUUCGUUCAGUGCAAGAAUGAUCUUAUUCUUUAAUAGCCUGCGUCAAGGGAGAGACUGCUGUCAGUUUCCGCCGUAUAGUAACGAGUAAACUAAAGGAAAAAACAUUGAAAUUAGAGUGUAAUACUGCGUCGGUAUUAAUCUACUAUCUAUUUCAUGGGCUAAGCAAAAUCACUCAGCCCAGUUGUUCGAAGGUCGAUUAGCGCUAACCCAGGGUUAGAUUUUACUGGAACCUGGGUGUCUUUUUCCUUUUUUCAAAAACAUGCAUUUUCCCGGAUAAUUUUCUCUAUUCUUUUUAGAGCAUCCAAUCAUCAAAUGGUAGGCAAAGAGAAUAAGACUGAAUUUGCUUUUUAAGCUUUCGUAUCUGAAUUCAAAUUUCCCACUAACCCUGGGUUAUCUUAACCCUACUUUGAACAACUGGCCCAGGAGAGGAAGUGUACGACAAAUUGAAAAAUUCGGGUCAGGUUGUGCAGCAUCAUGAAGCAUCGUAUUCUUCCGUCCCAAAUUCAGACCAUAACAUUCGCUUUCCCAGGCUACCCUUUAUUUCACAGCUAAACCGUCAUUCUCCUCUUUAUUUCUCAAUUUUUACCUUUGUGUCCUCGCCGCAGGUCAAUUUAGUCUUCCUCAAGAUAAGAGGCAGCUGUAUGAGUUUGAUGUCCGCGUGCCUUUUAUGAUCAGAGGUCCAGGGCUGAAGCCAAAGCAAACUUCACAGGUGAGCGUCAGGUCGAACUUACUACAGCUUAUAAAUGCUUACCUGGUUUCCUCUCUUGUUUUGCCUGGAAGACUGAUCUGUUUUCGCUACAUUAGGGAGCUUAAGCAACGACGACGGCGACGGCAACGAGAACGGCAAAAAACAAAACAACAACUUCAUCAANUCUGAAUUCAAAUUUCCCACUAACCCUGGGUUAUCUUAACCCUACUUUGAACAACUGGCCCAGGAGAGGAAGUGUACGACAAAUUGAAAAAUUCGGGUCAGGUUGUGCAGCAUCAUGAAGCAUCGUAUUCUUCCGUCCCAAAUUCAGACCAUAACAUUCGCUUUCCCAGGCUACCCUUUAUUUCACAGCUAAACCGUCAUUCUCCUCUUUAUUUCUCAAUUUUUACCUUUGUGUCCUCGCCGCAGGUCAAUUUAGUCUUCCUCAAGAUAAGAGGCAGCUGUAUGAGUUUGAUGUCCGCGUGCCUUUUAUGAUCAGAGGUCCAGGGCUGAAGCCAAAGCAAACUUCACAGGUGAGCGUCAGGUCGAACUUACUACAGCUUAUAAAUGCUUACCUGGUUUCCUCUCUUGUUUUGCCUGGAAGACUGAUCUGUUUUCGCUACAUUAGGGAGCUUAAGCAACGACGACGGCGACGGCAACGAGAACGGCAAAAAACAAAACAACAACUUCAUCAAGUAUCACGCUUUUUCGUACUUUUCUUUGCCGUCAUUGCAUGAUUACGACGUGAAACUGCCUCAUUUCACGUUUUUUGGCGGACGUAAACACAAGACGUCGACUUUUUUUCCUGAACUUCGAUACAAACUCAGUUUAGAAUUUAACUCCAGAAAAAUUUGCCAACAUUUGACGAAUUGAACGAGGUGGAAUAAACGUGAUAAAUUUUGCUUAAGCUCCCUAGUUAUUAACAUACAGAGGACUCUUUCCUUAUGGAAACCUCUCUAUAACUGACGGCUUGUUUAAUUCAAAAGAUGCCAACCUUCAUAUAAUUCCUCCCUUUGUAUUGAGGAUAAUGGCUCUGUCCCAUUGGUGUCGCGCGCCUUCGUCACUGCUUUUCGCGUUUUCGUUGCCAAACCUAGCUAAUGCGAAUGGUCAUACCCCAGUCAGGUGUUCCUCUGUCUUGGCCUCACUAUUAGUUGAACUGUCACUCGAUUAAAGCCUUCUGGGGUCAGAUGGUGGAGGAUAUAAGAGCUUUGGGGCCCUUUUUGUGGGUUUGUAUUCUCUCUUUGCAUAACAAAGGUUCUUUUCUUUCAGAGUCCAAUUCUCAACAUUGAUAUAGCGCCGACAAUAGUGGAAUUGGCUGGAGGAAAGGCCCCCGAAUCCAUGGACGGGCGCUCGAUUUUACCUCUUUUGGUAUGUUCUUUUGAACCUUUGUUUACAUUUUUUUCUCCUCGUUUUGCUGUUGUUGUCAUUUGCCGUUGUUUAAGGGCGCUUCCCAAAAGUCAGAACUGGCCGGCCAGAGCGGUCAUUUUGAUAGUGCUGGUUAAUAGAGACCUUUAGCAUCAGGUUUUUUUUUGGGAAACCGCAGACCGCAAACCGCGAUCUGCAGUUUGAAGUUACGCGUUUGCAGUUUCACUUUUUCAGGAUUUCGAAUUUUGGCAAAUUAUAAAGCGUUUGUUGUUUAGUGCCGCCAUGUUGAUUUUCGUCACGUCGCAGUGCUUCUUUUUUAUCUCCUGAUUCGAGUUCAAAAAUCUAACUGGAAUAUCUUAAAUCGUGAGUGAAUAAAUAACACUGCUUUAGAGCCAAUCAGAAGGUUUACUGGUGAUAUUUCAAAAUGGACGUAGCAAACAUUAAUGGUAACAGAAUUUGCUUUCGACUGAUUAUGUGUGUAUUGAAUUAUCAUUAUACUAGUUUAAUGCUGAACUCAGGACUCCUGAUAGCCAAUCGCGUUGAGGAUUUUGUUAUAGGCACUGCCUAUAGCCAAUCAGAUUCGAAAAAUGUUGUUAUUGUUAUCAUGGGGACUGCGUAUAGCCAAUCAGAUGCGAAGAAGUUUGUAAUAGUUAUGAUGGAGACUGCCUCUAGCCAAUCAGAUUCGAAAACAGUUUUGUUAUAGUUAUGAAUACACGCAUUCACUUUUGUUUCAGAAGUCGGAUGUUGAGCUCGAACAACAAGAGGUGAGUUUAAGAAACACUUUUAGUUCCUUUAGAGUUCUUUUCUAUAGAACGCAUACAGUAUAUGUUUCUUUAGCUCACUACAGAUAGUCUUCAUCCGUGCACUACAGAUUCUUUGCUCAGUUAUAUUGUUUACGGACAUUGGUAUUUUUCUACGAACGCAGCAAUCACACGAUACGCAAGUUUCGAAUUAACGAAAACACAUCUGGCUCCAGGGCUGAGUGGAGGAAAACAAAAGAAAUUGAUCAUUCAUCCCUAAAUCUCAAUGCAGUUUUCGGAGCCAAGCACGAGUUUUAAUAAUUCGAGACUGGCGUAUUGCCUUGCUUCGUGCUAAAUGUUGUGCCACAGUGUCCCCAAUCCGUACCACAGCCAUCCUUGAACUUCCACUAUCUCUCCAGUCGCAGCACUGCUAAACCAAGUAGCCUUUGUGGUAGACGCGGGGAAGGGAAGGGGGAGAAAGUACGAAAGGGGGAGGGAGACCCCCUUCGACGUUUCCAAAUCGGCUAGGCUUAUAAUGAAGGGGGGGGGGAAUGUGCGUUUCAAAAUCGGCUAGGCUUAUAAUGAGGGGGAGGGGGUGGUGGGGGGCGGAAGUAGUAUGCGUCUCAAAAUCCAUUGGGCUAGCUUAUAGUUGGAAAGGAGUUUAUGUCAGUAAUUCGUCCUAAGGACGCAGAUCUUUCUAAAACUCAGCCAUGCAAGUACUUUGCCUAUAUGGUCCGAGGAAAUCCAAGACAAGACUGAAGAGUGAACUAUGCAAAGAGUAGAUAUACUGUGACGCUUUUUUACGGCAGUCAUUUCGCACACGUUCUUUUGUAAAUGCAAAACUUUAUCACUGAACAGAUUUUGCUUUGUUUUAUUUUGAAUUUGAGGGCAAUUUCCGAGUACAAGCCCCCGGGGGCUUGUAUUUGGAGGGGCGAUUUAUCGGAGGGUUUUUUUGCGUUACGAGUUUAGGGGGCUUAUAUUUGGAGGGGCUUAUACAUGGAGGGGCAUAUGCAUGGUAGUUAGCGCCUGACCUCAGAUGAUAAUUAUGUUGAAGAUUGAAGUAUAACGGGUGGUUUACGUUAUGUGUAGUCUUGCAAUCCUCUCUCUGUUCCCUUUUCACUUCCUCCCCUACCCCAUUCGACGCCUACAACGCAGACUACAAAUCGAGCCAAUAUAACGUUUAUUAGCUAUCGUACCGACGCAGUAAUAAAAACCUCGAGGAAGUAAAAAAGCUGAAAUUAUACUGAAAGUAUCAUUUGCUUGCUUCUUGUUCAGGAUGUAGCUUGGCGUACAGAUUUUCUUAUUCAGCAUUACGGGGAAGGUGAAGUAAAGAUUCCAGGAUGUCCAGAACUUUCUUCAGGCGUCUUUGUAAGUCUUUUUAUAUAAAUUUAUCUGAUCUUAGUUAUUCUGUUUUGAUUCCCUGAAGUAAGUUACCCCGCUCUUCUGACUGAGUCGUCAGAGAGGUUUAAUAAUUUCUCGUUAUGUUUACGACAAACAGCAGAGAUGACUGUAUGAUUACAAGUGUAUAGCACAACAGCAAAUAACAAUAAUUGUCCCUCAAGUUUUCAUGACGGUUAAAAAGCUCAUUCUCACGUUGAAAAGAUCACAAGGCAAAAAACAAUUCGUCAUGCAAUUUAUCAUAGGCCCGAGGGGGGGGGGGGGAACUCCCAUACGAAAGCGGCGGGGAUGGUCGCCGGAAAUUUUGAAUUAAACCCCUAAAGGAGACCAAUCUGGGCGUGGCCCAACCUUUUUUUCGACCCCUAAAAGCGAUCAUUUUAAACUUUGAUUACACAAGUUGAGUAAAUGAAAUGAAUUGAAAAUAUAUAAUUUUUUAACAUUUCUUCGAGUGCAACCCUAAAAGAGACCUUUACGGCUAAAUAUAAUGGUGUUUUGCCCAGAACACCCUAAGCGAGACGAUGAGCAUCCCCGCCCCUUUCAUAUGGGAGUCCUCCCCGGAAUUAUAGGGACGUUUGAUACGUUUGACAAUUAUUGAGUAAGGAUGAGUAUGUUGUGAAGAAUUAAGCAGAUCGAGGGGGACCUAGGUCAGGGUUAUGGUUUCCUGCCGAGUUGGAUAACAGCCUCUGAGUUUUCGAGAUCUGCAAAAGCAAUUCUUCACAUCAUACAAAAUCCCGCUGAAUUCAGUAAUUGUUUUAUUAUCCAUUCAAAAUAUUUUUAAGUUCUAAACAACCUUACCUCCUCCAGCGUAGACUUUCCUCAAACACUGGCACGGCCGGUUUGCAUGAUAGUUUUAUUUCAUUUCAGAGGCUACGAGAAAUAACCUGUCGAAUGGAUAGCCUGCGUAGCAGGCGCUUGGAAGUAGUGGGCGAAACAGAGAACGGGCGCGCGCGAGGGAGACACGCGAGGGGUGAUUGCUCCCUCUCCCCUCGCUUGUCUCCUUCUCGUGCGCCCGUUUUUUCUUGUGCCCACUACUUCCAAGCGCCUGCUACGCAGGCUAUCGAAUGGAUGGGUUAUUGCCUACAUUAUCCAAAUGUCGUAAGCGCUUGCUGGUUGUGAAGAGUAAGCCGGAGAGCCAGUGAGAAACGACGAAAUAUUUUGAAUGAAUAAUAAUUACAAUUUUCUUGUUGUCUACUCCCCUUCGGUGAGUUGCCACUUAAGCCAGUUAAAUUACUACCUUUGUUUGCUUUUCUUUGCAGAACUGUUGGCCCAACUGUGUUUGUGAGGACGCUUGGAACAACACAUACUCGUGCGUUCGCUCAGUGAGCUCGAAGGAGGACAUGAUGUACUGCGAGUUCGAGGACAAAGAGGUAACCUGCUUCUUGCAAUUUAAAGUAAAAAGAUGACUGCCGAGUCCGUGAUACAAGCAACUGCACAUGAAUUACAUCCAUGCCAGUAAAUACACUAACUUAUAAUCAAACCACGUACGGUUUUUGUUGUUGAGAAGUUACGCACGCAGCCUGUCUUCCCCUUACAAAAAUAGAACGAGGCCCCUUUGACGACGUUUAUAGGGGGCAGAGGUAUAGUCUCCAGUCCUACGCAUCCGUUCAAAGAACGACUGUGAUUAGGUAGAGUAAGAGUGGUUGUAGGAAGGCCACGUGACUAGAUUCCUCUCCCCAGCUCUUCUUAUCUUUUGAGCUUUUUGUUUCAUUUAAGUCUUUUUUAUCCAUAACGUUUUGUUUGCGUGCUAGGCAAACAGAGGAAACUUCGCAACGGUCAGCCGACUAACGAUCUUCGAAGUUAAUAUUACGCUUAGGAUGGCCUGCCCAAUUAUCCUUUGGUAUUUUGAAGGGUAGCACAUGUACAUACAGAACACACACAGUAUACCUAUGUAAUCGAUAGCAGUGAUGGUGUUGUCAUGUUUGAUCUUAUUUCACUCAUUUUUUCCUGAACUUUAGGCAUUUUUGGAGCUCUACGAUGUAAAGAAAGACCGUCAUCAACUAAAGAACUUGAACAAAGAUGUUCCGCCUAAAUUUCUGGAAGCCAAGCAUCGUCGCUUGGUGGAUUUGGCGACAUGUUCAGGGGCCUCGUGUAGGAAAGCCUACCAAGACGGCGUGGAUACUUUGCUUUGA